AUGGAUUCUGAAAUUGUUACUGCUCAAAUUGAUAUGGAGGAAGUCGAUGUGGAUCUAUUUUUCCGGAAGCCACCGGAAAUCACUGAUUUUGGAUUUGUCAAGACAUUCUGGAUCGAUUCCAGAGACGAUGACACCCACUCGACACUGAAACCAGAUCAAACAACAGAAGAACAUUCCGACCCGGAAGUUAAACUUUUACAACCUCUUGCUCUUCAAUCUCUUGAAACUGGCAAUGAUGAAUCCGGUGGGUCUUCAUGUACCGAUUCAGAAGACGUUCGGCUUCCCGAAGAGAUUCUGAAUGCACCUAUGGAUGAUGAUGUGUUUGAAGAUGAAGAAGUCAUUGAGAACGUGGAAACUGAUUUGCUUUUCCGUCAGCCAAUGAACAGAGAAAUGGAAUUGGUGUACACGAUUUCAAAGGGAGCUGCAAUUAAUUUGGAUGAAUUGGAAGAGGAAGAUGAAGACGUUGACGUUGACUUGUGGUUCCGAGAACCAACGGAUACUCGAUUUGAACUGGUCUACACAAUUCCAUUGAUGGAAGACGUGAGUGUUGAUUCUUCUGGAGAAAAAUUGGAAGACGUCCCGCCGGCAGAAGAAUUGGAUAAUGUGGUUAAAGAAGCGUCAUUGACUGAAUUCACAUUCAAACCAAUUGGAAAUGAUGAAGAAACUGAAACGGAAACAUUGACUACUGAAGUUGUCACUGUCUUGGAGAGACCUCAAGAUGAUCAAGGAGCAGGAGAAGGUUCUAGAGAUUUCAUCGAGAAAGUGAAACUGACCUCCAACGACACAUUUGAUAGCUUUGAUGAUGAGGAAGAAGCAUUCCAGAAUGCGUUCGUCAAACCUGUGGAGACUCCGGAAACUCCUGUUCCAGAAUACAAUGAUGAUCAACAAGAUGACGUUCGAGAUGUUUCGGUUUCUGAGGUUUUGAAAAAUGCUGCUGAGCAACUGCAGGUUAUUCAUGAUUCUCUGUCUCCGGAAGAUGUGGAAGGUGAGACUCUCAAGCAAGUUGAAUCGGCUCCAGAUUUUAUUUCUGAAAAUGUCGGAGAUGCCGGUGCUGCUAGUGCUACUGAUUUCCCAGAAACAAGAUUCGAGAUUUCGCCUGUAGAUAAUCUGAAGACAACUACACCAUUAGAAACAACACAAAAUGUUGUUCAAAACCUCGCAAUGCAGGAAACUUCUGACUUUGCGCAAUUGGAAGACGUUCCCGAAGGUGUUCCUGAUGUUGAUCGAACAUUGAAUGCAUUGCGAAACGAAGACGUUUUCCCCAAAGAGCCAGUCCCUGCUGACGCUUCAAAAACUGAAGAUACUCCAGAAACCGAAAUCGUUUUCGAUUCUUCAGAAAUCAAUAAAUCUUCGGAUGGUGUGGAAGAAACUCAACAGGUGGAAGUUGCUCCAAUUGGCCUUGAAGAUGGGGGAAAUAUUGAAACUCCAGAGGUCCUUGCAUUGAACCAAUCUGAAGUGGAAGACGCUUUAAACAGUGAAGACGUUGUUGGAGUCAAAACAGAGUUGCCUAUUGCCGAUGGUAACAUCUCAGAAGACCAACCAGUUCUAGGGCUUGAAGAAUGUGGGGACGUGGAAAUUGCUCCAGUGGUUGACUUGAAGAAGGAAGAAAUCGAGGAAGCUCUGAAUUCUGAAGACGUCGUUACAACAUCAGUUCUUCCUGUGGUCGUGGAGACAAAAGACAAUGGAUCUUCAGAUGACGGGAAAACAAAUGAGCCAUUCGUGGGUCUCGAAGAUCCUGGAGAAGUUGGAAGACCAGAAAUUCCUCAGUUGAACCAAUCGGAAGGGGAAGAAGCCUUGAAUGGUGAAGACGUCAUUGGUAUCAAAACGGAACUUCCUUCUAUUCCAACAGAAACUUUGGUUUUCGCUGCCACCCCAAAAACGGAAGCUUCACCAUCUGACGUAAAUCAGUCAGUUCUUGGACUCGAGGAAUGUGGUGAUGUUGAAGCUGCUCCAAUUGGUCUCGAAGAUGGUGGGGACGCUGAAACACAUGUUCUUCCUGUCUUAAAUCAAUCGGAAGUGAAAGACGCCUUAAAUAGUGAGGACGUCGUUGGGAUCAAGACAGGAUUUCCUGUGGUUGAUGAUGUCAUCCCAGAAGACCAGCCAGUUCUAGGUCUCAAAGAAUGUGGUGACGUGGAAAUUGCUCCAGUGGUUGACAUGGAAAAGGAAGAAAUCCAGGAAGCUCUGAACACUGAAGACUUCGUUACAACAUCAACAUCAGUUAUUCCUGAGGUGGUAGAGACAAUCGUUGGUGGACCUUCAGAUGACGGGAAAGCAGAUCAGCCCGUUGUAGCUCUCGAAGAGUCAGGAGAAGUUGAAACACCAGAAAUUCCUCAAUUGACCAAAUUGGAAGUUGAAGACGCUUUGAACAGCGAAGACGUUGUUGGAAUCAAAACGGAAAUUCCUACUAUUCCAGCAGAAAUUUUUGAAGCCCGACCAUCGGACGAAAAUCAAUCAGUACUUGAUCUCGAAAAAUGUGGUGAUGUUGAAGCUGCUCCAAUUGGUCUUGAAGAUGGUGGGGACGCUGAAACACAAGUUCUUCCUGUCUUAAAUAAAUCGGAAGUGAAAGACGCCUUAAAUAGUGAGGACGUCGUUGGAAUCAAGACAGGAUCUCUUGUGGCUGAUGAUGUCAUCUCGGAAGACCAGCCAGCUUUUGGACUCGAAGAAUGUAGUGACGUGGAAAUUGCUCCAGUGGUUGACUUGGAAAAGGAAGAAAUCCAGGAAGCUCUGAACACUGAAGACUUCGUUACAACAUCAACAUCAGUUAUUCCUGAGGUGGUAGAGACAAUCGUUGGUGGACCUUCAGAUGACGGGAAAGCAGAUCAGCCCGUUGUAGCUCUCGAAGAGUCAGGAGAAGUUGAAACACCAGAAAUUCCUCGAUUGAAGCAAUCGGAAGUUGAAGACGCGUUGAACAGUGAAGAUGUUGCUGGAACCACAACAGAAUUGUCUGCUACUGAAGGCAUUGUCGCUGAAAUCGAGAAAACUGAAAACCCUUCCUGUGUUGCGACAAAACUAGAGCAAGUUGUUGUGGGACUGGAAGAUGCUGGUGACGAGAUGCUCGACUUGAAGAAAGAGGAAGUGGCUGAUUCACUACCAAUCUUGUUAUCGGAAGAAACUACUCAAGAAUCUGAAGUUGCUGAAGUGAUUCAAAAGGAGCUGAAUGAUGCUCUGAACAGUGAAGACGUUGUUGGUAUCAAAACUGUGGUCGUUGAUACUGCAGCUGAUGAUCCCGUUCCAACUUCUGAAGUAACAUCGGAAACUCCUGUAGCUACUGAUGGUCUUCCAGAAGAAGUAGUGUACAAUGAACUUCCGCCAGAAGUGGAAGAAUCUGUCACUGAUUCUCAAACAGUGGAAGAAGAUGUACAAGAAAAGACGAAUGAAGGUACUCCGCCUUCAACGUCAGCUCAGGCUCCCUCCACAAAUGAAAAAUAUGCAGAAGAAAGUCUUAUGGAGAAGCUAGUCUCUAUUGUAGAAAAUGUUCUUCCUACUGACGCUGCCCUCCCUUCUGAAGACGUUCUUCACGUUAAUUCUGAAAGCCAAGGAGAGGAAGAGACAGAGGAACCACUAACUCAACAGGCUGAUGCAAAAAAAGAUGUCGGUGAUAGCCCACAUCAAGAAUCAGAAAAUGCUACUUCUGAACCUUCAAGUAUUCUGGAUAAGUUAACUUCCAUGAUGGAAAGUGUUAUUCCAUAUGGACACAUUAAUUCUGAAAGCCAAGCUCAUGAAAAGGAACUUACAGAGGAGCCAUCAACAGAUGCAAAAGAAGACGUCGCUGAAACUCAAGAAUCAGAAACUGCCCCUUCAGAAUCUCUAAGCAUCCUGGAUAAGUUAACAUCAAUUAUGGAAAGUGUCAUUCCAUCUGAGAACGUUGGUUCUGAAAGCGAAGCUCAGGGACCACCAAGCCAACUUUCCGAAGACGUCGCUGACACUCCACGGCAAGAAUCAGAAACUGCCGAACCUUCAAGCAUAUUGGAUAAGUUGACUUCUAUGGUGGAAAGUGUUCUUCCAGUCGAUUCCGUGAUUUUAUCUGAAUAUGUCAAUCAGUAUGAAGAACUUCGGAAUUCAAAGAGCUUCCAGGACCUUCCAACUGAAGAAGAAUCAGAUCAAACAGUCAAUGAAAAUGCUGCCACAGAAAAUCAAGAAUACCCAGCUGAUCUAACGCUCUCUGAAGACGUUGCUUCAAAAGAAGUCGAAACUCCUCCUGUUGACGAGAAACCCGAAAAAGAGAUCGACGACGAGUCGGUUUUGGAAAAGCUGGCUUCAGUAGUAGAAGAUGCAUUUCCAAAUGUUCUUCCGUCAGAAGAUGUUCUGUCUGAAGACCACAUCGAACACUUAAAAGAUUCUGCAACUCCAGUCGAAGACGUGCUCCCAGUCAACUUGACGCGUCACUCUGAAAAUGACGCUUCUGAAGAACCAGGAAUUCCUGAAGAGGCAGUGUCUGUUGAAGAAUCCGACAAUGGGAUGAAUUCUGAAACUACCAAACAAGAAUCAGUUGUGGAAUCACUGAUUUCAGCAGUAAAGAAUGUUGUUCUUCCAUCGGAAGAUGUUCUUUCUGAAGAUCAUGUUGACGAUAGAGAUCAAGAUUCCGAAACGCCGGCCCAACCAGCCUCAAUGAUGGAAAAGUUAAGCUCAAUGGUGGAGAAUGUGCUUCCAACGGCUUUGGUCAAUAAGACCGAAGAGGAAGUAUCUGAACAGCAGGAAACUCUACUUGUCGAGAACACGGAUGAUCCUGAAAUAGUCGAAAGUGAAUCUAUUGUGAAAAAAGUUGUUUCGAUGGUAGAGAGCACACUCCCAGCUGAAGCUCUUUUACCAUCUGAAGAUGUUCUUUCUGAAGAUCAUUUGGACGGAAGAGAGGAAGAACCUGAAGCUCUAACAUCGAUCGUAGAGAAAAUUGCUGAAAUGGUGGAGACUGUGAUUCCGGCCAAUUCAGAAGUGUCUUCUGAUACCGAUAUCAAACCGACUGAAGAGGUAGAUACUGAAGAGCCAAAAGAAACUAUUUUUGGCAAUCUGGUCUCGAUGGUUGAAGACGUUCUGCCAGUUCAUGAACCACUUGAUGAAACUCAACAACAUCUGAAUACUGAAAAUCAGAAUCCGUCAACCGUAGAAACGUUGAUCUCUACAUCCGAUAUCAUUCCACCAGUGGAAAGAGUUGGAUCCUUUGAAACGGAAUUCGAUGCUGAAGGCUUUGUUGCUGAGUCUACCGAUCCACCACAAUCCGAGGAGAAUACAAUCAUCGAGACAGCUGAUAUCAUUAUGCCAGUUGAUCAGGAAAAUCAACUAGAAACUUCAUUUGAUGCAGAAGACUUCGUUCACGAGUCGAUUGAAGAACCAGUUGUUGAAGCCAAAGUCGAAACUGAGCAAUCAGAAAACGCGGAAGAACAAACUACUGUGAUGGGAGAGUUGGUAGCUAUGGCCGUGGAUAUACUUCCAAUUGACGGAGAAGUUCAGGAGUCUGAAGACGAGGAAAAGCAGAAGCAUCCAGAAGGAGAUUCAGAGAAAAGAACAGUAGAAGAGCCAGUUGUGGAGACUACUGUGGAGGAGAUUGAAAAAGAGACAUCUUCUUUAGUUGGAGAACUGGUGGCAAUGGCAGUGGAUAUUCUUCCUAUUGAUGGAGCAUUAAACGUAGCUGCUGAAGUUACAGAAGGACAAGUACCUGAAUCCAGUGAAUCUCAAGAGGAGAAGAGAUUCCAACAUUUAGAAGAAUCCAAAGACGAUAUGUCCGAUCAAAGUGCAUUGCAAGUCGCUACUGUAGAAGUGGAAACGGAAUCUCAGCCUGUUGCUGUGCCGGAAACCGAGGAAGAAUCAGCCGCGAAACUUGAAAAAGUUUCUAAUGAAAUCCAGAAUGAAGAAGAGCCAGUGACAGAAACUACUGUGGCUCUCCAAGAGUCCCCAGAUCCUCAUAAGACCACUGACCAUGAUUAUGGAAACGACUACGUUCCAUUCGGUACGGAAACACCUUCAAAAGUAGAAUUCAACAAUCCAGAAGAAUCUAAAGAUGAGGAAGAAGAUUUCGUUGCCGAACUGAACUUCCAUCCGAUUCGGCAAUGGAAAGAUGAAGAUGUGAUUUCGCUUCAAUCUCUAAAGUCUCUAGUGGCAGAAGUUGGAUGUACAACAGAUGUUGAAUCCGUUCCAAAUCAAGAAAAUCAAGAAUCGACUCUGAAGAUUUUAAAAGUUGUCCCAUCUGAACCAUCACUAAUGGAGCUGGAUAUUUCCAACGAUCCCAGUGUGAUCCAUGUCCCGAUUCCUUUGAUGGAACCAGCUACCAAGUAUUUGGAAGAAAUGGUAGAAUGGAUUAUUGCUGAUGCGAUAAAAGAAGUGGGUGAGGUGGAGGUAGUCACUGAAUCCGAAUUGAGUGAAAUGGUACCACAAGAAUCGGAAAACGAGUGUCCAGUUCCGGAACCUUUGGCAGAUUUGAAACUUCCAUUCGAAGAUGAGGAGAAGACGCCAGAACCAGAGCAGAUAAAUGGAGAGGUACCGGUAAAAAGGGACAUUCCAGUAGAAUCAGAACCCACUCAAAUGAUUCCUAUUCCUCAACGACCACCUCGUGCGCCAAAGGUGGAAUCUGCAAAACCCAUCGAACAACCGAAAUCUCCUAAAAACCGAUUUGGUCCGUUGAAUAUCAAGUUAGGCAGAAGCUAUUCAGAAGAACAGCAGAAGGAAUUGGUUGAAUCUCUGGAGAGACCACUUACAGUAAUCACUUCAUCUGAACCAAAGCCUUCUGAAAAAGGUGAUGUGGAUGCACUUUCACCUCUUUCCCCGAACACUCUUGAGGAAUACGAGCAUGUUCCGAUGAUGGAUAUGCAAUCGGUUCCACAUUCUCCCCAGGAGAAGCAAGACGACACUGUCCAUGUGGUUACCGUGACUACUGAUGCAACGCCUUCAGAAGAGAAGGAAGAGGCAAAAAUCAAUACUGUACUAGCCGAAACCAAAAUUCUGGGUCCUGGAAAAUCAAUGGAGUACGUGGCAAAUGAAGAAGAGGAUGGAAGUGAAUGCUUGGAUUCGAUUGGGGAUUUGAGUGAACGAACCAUUCAGAGAUUCAAUACUUCCAUCGACGAUCCAUCUAUCCGUCGCGACUCUUUCUCCUCAAUCUCCUCAUUUGGAGACCGUCAAAAGUUUCGAACUGCCAUUGAGAAUAUACGCCAAGAUUUGCUUCCUUUCCAAUCUUCUGUUUCCCAAUUCCUCGAUCCAUCUGUCAAAGAACUUUUAGUCACCAAUUUAUCAAUGGAUUCUCCAUCCGAUUUGUCGCCAAACGCUCCGCCAGUCGGGUUUGAGAAUACUGCUCAAUAUCUGGAGAAGCUCCAACAGCAGCAGCAACAAGAGGAUCGUCCAUCCGCUGAGGGAUCUAUUGAUUCCAGUGGAUUCGAGAAGGUCGACCAUGAGAGUCUCGAUGACUACGGUACUUCUGUUGAGGAUCCAAUGCAAAAGUCGGUGUUCGGAAGUCUUACUGCUGAAGAUGAUAUGAAGGCCGGGUCACAACAGGACGACGGAUUCGUGAUCAUCGAGCGUAACGAGGCGAGCAAAGGAGCGAAGAAGAUGUCUUCCCACCACGACGACGUCAUCGAAAAGAACUAUUUCGGGGACGAUGCGGCUACCGCAAAGCUUCUGGAAUCUCCGAUCGCCGAAGAAGCUCGCAAGCUCGUUCAGGAUGCCGUCGAAUCGGCUUCUGAAUACAAGAAACACGCUGUCGAAGAGGGUGACGAGAUCGGACGCGAAUUGCUUGACAACGUUCAGCAAAAAAUUGAGCAAGUCAAGGAACCAGUAGAGGAUGCUCUCCACAAAGCAUACGACGGAAUGGGAGACUUUGUUCACGAGACCGUUCCACAAGCUGUCGACGACUUCAUUCACGAAGUCGAGAAGAAAUUGCCAGAAAGUCCACUUCCAGAGAAAGUCGAAACUCCAGAACCAUUAGUUGAUAUCCACGACACAGUGGAUCAGGUUCAUGAUGAGAUCGACAACUACUUGAGACGUGAACCAACUCCACCAAUUGUGGAAGAAGAUGAAAAUGCACCAGUUGAUGAUAAGCCACACUUUGGAAAUCAGACUCCAGAAGAGGAUGAGACUACAUUCGAUCGCAAGGGACCACUGACAAUUCCAGAGGAAGUGGAGAGAGCCGCUGCUGUUCAUCAACACGUCGAGGAUUUGGAUGAUUUUGAUCCACUCGUCACCGCUAACACUGGAGCUGCUUUUGGAGCUGCCGUUGGAGCUGCUGCUUCAGAGGCUCUUACUGAGGAAGAGAUGUUCGGACAUCAGAAGUUCGAAACUGUUCCACGUCCACCAACUCCACCAAAGGACAUCAGUGACGAGGAUGUGAAGCCAUCCACUGUCAAUUUGGGACCAGCUCAUCAUCACUCUCAUCCAUCUUCACCACAUCACUCGAUUCUUAAGCAUCAUGGAGAGGCCUGGAUUGACUUCAAGACGGUUCCACCAUGUGCGAUCGGACGCGGACUGUACGCGCUCAUUGCGUUCGUUGUCAAUAUUGUUUUGAAAGUCGGACUUCACGCCGCACUUGUAGCUGGUGUCGGUAUCAGCGCUCACGAAGCCUACAAGUUGACGAAAAGCUCGGGAGUUCUUCAGAGAAAAGAGGUCCUGGACGUGAUCUACUGGCGCGAUGCCAAGAAGUCCGCCAUCGUUCUCUCGUUGGCCCUUCUCGCUCUCUUCAUCCUUGCCAAGUACCCACUUCUCACCGUCAUCACCUACUCCCUUCUCCUUGCUCUCGGAGCUGCCGCUGGAUUCCGGUAA